CUCAAACUUCAAGCAAACCUCAGCUUCCUCUUCGACAAUUAAAAACUUGCAACCAAUCAGAUCACAAUUUAAAUUGGAUUUUGAUCCAAGUAAGAUGGAGAAGAUAAAAUCAUUGGUAUCUGAGAAUGGAGUUGUGAUUUUUACCAAGAGCACCUGUUGCUUGUGCUAUGCUGUCAAAAUUCUGUUCCAAGAACUUGGGGUGAGCCCUGUAGUUCAUGAAAUAGACCAAGAUCCUCAUGGAAGGGAUAUGGAGAAGGCUCUCCUGAAGCAAGGGUGCAACUCACCCCCUGUGCCAGCUGUAUACAUAUGUGGCAAGCUCGUGGGGUCCACCAAUGAGGUCAUGUCCCUCCACCUAAGCGGUUCCCUCAUUCCACUGCUCAAACCUUUUCAAUCCUUGUCUUAAGCAAACAAACUCCAAUCUGAAGAAAUAAGGUUGGCUCAAGACUAUGAGCAGUAGUAAUAUAUUCGAAUAGACUAUAUAUGUUCUGUAUUAUUAGUACUUUUGUAGCUUUUCAUUAGCUUAAGGAUAAGGAAUAUUGCCUUUUAGGAAACUAUUAUGAUUAUCAUUAGUUUUUAGAUUAUGAAUGUAGCUUAUUUAAUCUGUUGACAUGUGUUUAAUGGAAACACAUGGAUAUCGUUCGGAUGAUUAAUGUGAUUAUAAAUUAUUACUA